AAAGCUUCAAAACUUAGCUUCUCUAUUUCCCUCCUCUUUUCUUCCCCACAAAGAUCUCUCUCAAGAUUUCUGAAAAUGGAUUUAUGAUCUCUCACUAGUUUUCUUUUAUUUUUGUUCUAGUUUUGUUUUAUGGGUUCCAUUUAUUAGCCUGAGCUCUAGUCUCCUCCAUCUUCUCACCGGAAAUAGAAAGAAAAAACAUUGGAGAUUUGUUCGAAUAGCAGGUACAUAUAUACAUCUCAGCUCAGCUCUUUGAAAACAUGACAUCUCAGCUGAAACAAUCUCUAACCAAGAGAUACGGCGCUCUUCAACUGUGGGAGAUCAUAGUGAUUGCUCUGUUUGCAGCAUUCAUAGUGAUCCUCGCCAUUUCAGUAUGGCUCAGUUUCCGCAAAAAAACCAAGAGAUCAAAUGCCACGUCGCUACCUGUUACUCAAAGCCCUCGCUUUGCUGAAGAUAUCAAAGAAAUAAGUGUUGAUCAUGUUUCAUCUAACAACAAUGGUAAUUCUCACCAAACUCUUGAUGAGAAAUUCGGUGAGGACAUCGAGAAUGGCGAUAAGUUCUCUGGUUCUUUGGAGAAAAAAACAGCGGUUGUGUCACAUUUGUCUCCUAGUACUCCUUCAACAACAGCUCCUUCACCUCUCUUGGGUCUUCCUGAGGUUUCUCACAUUGGUUGGGGCCAUUGGUUCACUCUCCGUGACCUUCAACUCGCGACUAACCAUUUCCACAAGGAGAACAUCAUUGGCGAUGGUGGUUACGGAGUUGUUUACCAUGGAACUCUGACUAACAAAACCCCUGUGGCUGUCAAAAAGUUGCUUAACAAUCCAGGGCAAGCCGAUAAAGAUUUCAGAGUUGAGGUGGAAGCUAUAGGACAUGUCCGGCAUAAGAACUUAGUUCGGCUUCUUGGAUAUUGCGUUGAAGGAACACAUAGGAUGCUGGUUUAUGAGUACAUGAACAAUGGCAACUUAGAGCAAUGGCUUCAUGGAGACAUGAGUCACAAAGGCCAUCUCACUUGGGAGGCUCGGAUCAAAGUUCUUGUAGGCACUGCAAAAGCGCUGGCUUAUCUUCAUGAAGCUAUUGAGCCUAAAGUGGUGCAUAGAGACAUAAAAUCGAGCAAUAUACUGAUGGAUGGCAACUUUGACGCAAAGUUAUCUGAUUUUGGUCUUGCCAAACUGCUUGGAGCUGAUUCAAGUUACGUCAGUACUCGAGUUAUGGGUACAUUCGGGUAUGUCGCUCCUGAAUACGCUAACUCUGGUCUCCUAAAUGAGAGGAGCGACGUGUACAGCUAUGGUGUUGUUCUCUUAGAAGCUAUUACUGGAAGGUAUCCCGUGGAUUAUGCGCGGCCUAAAGAAGAGGUGCAUAUGGUGGAGUGGUUAAAGCUAAUGGUUCAACAGAAACAGUUUGAGGACGUAGUGGAUAAAGAGCUUGAGGUCAAACCAUCAACCAGUGAGCUUAAACGAGCACUGUUGACAGCUUUGAGAUGUGUUGAUCCUGAUGCAGACAAGAGGCCAAAGAUGAGUCAGGUGGCUCGAAUGCUUGAAUCAGAUGAAUACCCUGUGAUGCCUAGAGAGGAACGGAGACGAAGGAGAAAUCAGAACGCAGAGAUGCAUAGAGAAAGCACAGACACGAAUAAAGAUAAUGAUACAAUAACAGAUGCAAAGGUUUGAGCAAGAAACAGAAACAAUGGACCCUUUUUAUGACUUUAGGGUUAAAAAGAGGAAAACUUUUAGAUUCUUUGGGUGAUUGUUUAGAUUCUUUACUGUUUCUAUGGGUUAAUUAUGAUAUAUAUAUAUAUACAGAGAAGAAGAUUUGUUUCUUUUGUCUGGAGAAGAGAGUUCUUGUAUAGCUUUGUUGCAUUUUAAUUACCAUUCAUACCGAGUCAGUUAACAGACAUGAGAGCUCUUGUAUAGCUUUGUUGUAUUUUUAUUACCUUCAAACAGAGUCAGUUACAGAUAUAUAUUUACCAGGUGACUUUUAUU